GGUUUUUCCUUUGUUGUUAUCAUGAUAGCUGUCGCUUUCUUGGCAGAACUUUGGAUAUGGCCACCGAAGAUUUGGGUGCUCCUGCAUAUCGUAAAUUUGAUGUUGAGGCAUGGAUGCCAGGUUUAGGGCGUUAUGGUGAGAUAUCUAGUGCAUCAAACUGUACAGACUAUCAAAGCCGCCGACUGGGAAUUCGUUAUCGCCCUGCACAACCAUCAUCUACGAAUUCUAAGAAGGGUAAAGGCCCAACACAGUUUGUUCACACAUUAAAUGCAACAGCUUGCGCAGUUCCGCGGAUGAUUAUCUGUUUGCUGGAGAACUACCAGCAGGAGGACGGCUCUGUUAUUAUCCCUCAACCACUGAGGCCCUUCAUGGGUGGGCUUGAGCGUAUAUUUCCUAGAUCCAGGUAGGAUGUUAUUAUACCUCGACCAUUGAGGCCCUUCAUCCAUGGGCUCGAGCUUAUAUCUCUUAGAUCCAGCUAGUAUGAUUGUAUUAUUAUUUGUUUUUGUUGAGGGAGAUAAUAUCCAUGGAACAGCAAUCGCAAUUUUGUUGGUGAUAUAAGAGAUCUUGCAGCUAGCCCUUGAUGGAACGAGGA